AUGGUGUUGAAGAGAGUUGUGGGUUUGAUGAUGGGUUGUUUAGGAAUGAGGUGUUUGCGAAUAUCAGAUCAACCAACAAGACCAGUAACUUCAGAGUGUGAUUCACCUACUUCAUCAGAUAUUAUCGAUUCAAUUGAUCCAAAAAACGAAAAGUCAUCCUCUUCUUCAUCAGGUAGAAUCAAACUAAGUGAUGGAAGAUACUUAGCUUACAAAGAACGAGGAGUCCCGAAGAAUGAAUUGACUUACAGAGUCGUUAUUAAUGUAGAUCUGUGUGUAUUUUUAACAGUUUUUGUAUCGAAAUUUAUACCCAGAUGUCGUAAAUUUCAUAAACUAAUGGAUGAAUUGGGGAUUUAUCUUGUACAAUUCGAUAGAGCUGGAUAUGGAGAUAGCGACCCAAAUCCAAAGUGUUUGUUAAAGAGUGAAUCGUCAGAUAUUCAAGAACUUGCAGACCAAUUACAGCUUGGAUCCAAAUUAUAUCUCAUUGGUGUCUCGAUUAGAUCAUAUCCCACAUGGAGUUGCAUCAAGAACAUUCCAGAAAGGUCAUAA